UGUCUUGCAAUCUUCAAUCUUCUUUAGAUAGAAACCAAAAAAAAAAAAAUGAAAGCUCACAAAUCCAAUGCUUAAGUUCUUAUCAUCUUCAUAACAUCACAACAUGGCAACCCAAUUGAACAAUUCAUUCAGAACUUCAAUUCUAUAUCACAAAGAUCACCCUUUCACUACAACCACACAUAAAGCCACAAGAUUUCAUGUUAUCACCAAUGCUACAUCCAAAACCAACAGUUUCAAAGAACUCAUAGAAUCUGGCACAGUUAGAACUGUACUACCAAAAGAUGCUUCAACAGUUAUGAACUCAGAAGGGUUCAUUCUCCUUGAUGUUAGACCCAAUUGGGAGAGAGAGAAAGCACACGUGAGAGGCUCUUUGCACGUGCCAAUGUUUGUUGAAGAUAAGGAUAAUGGUCCUUUAACUUUGCUUAAGAAAUGGGUGCAUUUUGGUUAUAUUGGUGCUUGGACUGGUCAAUAUCUUACUACUUUUAACUCAGAGUUUGUUAGUCAAGUUGAGGAUGUUGUUCCUGGUAAAGACACUAAGGUUCUUGUGGCAUGUGGAGAAGGAUUAAGGUCAAUGACAGCAACUUCAAAGCUGUAUAAGGGAGGUUAUAGAAAUCUUGGAUGGUUGGUUGGAGGGUUUAAUCGUUCACAAGACAAAGAUUUCUUAGAUGUUGAAGGAAAAGAGAAGUUGAAGUAUGCUACAAUUGGAGGAGCUUCUUAUAUUUUUCUGCAGUUGCUCAUUCUUCUACAAACCGUUAGUAAAUAAAAAGUCAUGAGUGUGUGUAUCUAUCUUAUUGAACAUGUAAUGGUCUUGUUAGAGAACAUUGAUUGCUUAAUUUUUUUUUUUUAUAUUUAAUUUGAGUUUGCAAUUUUGUACUA